AUGUCAGCUCUGACUGGAGCUCGAGCUGGAGACGUGGCAGGUGCACCCGCUGCUGGGCCUAGUGUUGAAGGGGCUGCCCCUGCUAUUCAUGUAGCGGGUCAGCCAGAGAUCUUGACUGCAAUCCCAUGUUGGCGACCGAGUGGGACGGCCUAUCAGAUUCCAGUUGAAUACCCAAAUAAGGAGCAUGGGUACGUUAGGGGCCCUAACGUACAGCAGGCCCCACUCGCACCUAGGGCACCGGUAGCAACAGCGGCACCAAUGGCAUCUCCUUCGGCUACAGAGAGAAGAGGUAGACAAGCUCCUGCACGUGAUAGAGUUGAGAACAGUGGUAGGGACAAAGGCAGAAGUGCUCGAGGCCAGAGCAGAAAGUCUCAAGCAAAGGAGACUUCUUCCUCUUCAAAGCCGAUUUUGAAUGGGGAUGCUAAUGAGAUCAACAACACCGAAGAGACGGCGAGCAAGCACUCCGAGUCCAAGAGCGAGAAUGGUGAUGACGGCUCUAGAUCAAGGAACGAAGAAGAUACCGAGACUGGCUCUAGGUCACGGAGUGACGAGGAUGAUGACGACUUAGAGUCUCACUCCUCUGAUGAUAGAGACGCCGAUGAAGAUAGUGCCCCUGAGUCCCAUCUGCGGAAGAAGACGAAGAGGACCUCUCGAGCUUGA